GCUAGCUGGGGCAAUGACGGACCUUUAACAGAGAGACUAAUUGUACGGGACGACGACGGAUCUUCAUUUCGAAGCGGAGCUACUAUUGGUGUCACUCUCCCUCACCGGAGAUUUGAAUGAGCUGUAGCCCAAAAUGCCUCUAAAUGAUGAGAGACCCUCCACCAGCAAGGACCAAGGCAGUGAUGUGGAGUCAUCAUCAGAGCGCAGCGACAGCAUGACGUCGACCAGCGACCUGGACUGUUCUCGUGAAAGCUUCACUAGCGACUCCUCCAGCAAACACUGCACUCCCUCCUCAAGCCCACCAAAAAUCUUAACCUUUGACGAAGUCAUGAAGUCUGCCAGAGACCUGUCCAGUCUCAUGAUUGCCCAUGAGAUCACAGUGAACCGCAACUUCCAUUUGGAGCCACACAGCCCACCUCAGGACAGUAUCUGGAAGAUCGUUAGAGAUAAUGUCCACAAGGCCUUCUGGGACAUCCUGGAGUCUGAGCUAAACGACGACCCACCUGAGUACGGACAAGCCAUCAGAUUAUUGGAGGAGAUCAGAGAGAUCUUGCUAUCAUUCCUUAACUCGGGUGCCAAUCGGAUGAGGACCCAAAUCAUGGAGGUGCUGGACAUGGACCUGAUUCGUCAGCAGGCUGACAACGAUGCUGUGGACAUCCAGGGGCUUGCCUCUUACAUUAUCACCACCAUGGGGAAGUUGUGUGUACCAGCUAGGGAUGAUGAAAUCAAGAAGCUCCACGAUAACACAGAUAACAUAGUGACACUGUUCAGGGAGAUCUUCCGUGUGCUGGACCUGAUGAAGGCAGACAUAGUCAACUUUACAAUAGAUAAUCUGAGGCUUGUGCUGCAGAGCCAUGGUGUCGAAUAUGAGAGGGCACAGUUUCAAAGCAUCCUGGACAAAACACCCAGUGCUUUGGACCACACCACCUCAUGGAUCAAGUCAGCACUGGAGGAGCUGCAGACUAAAGGUCAGGGGACAGGACAGCGAGUGCUGCCAGGGCCCUUUCAGAUUCUCAACACUGCCUUCCUCGGUAUCCUUAUGUGGGACUGCAAUCAAAGCCCACUGCCUGAGACCUGGAUGACGGAUGAGACACGUCUGCGAGAGAUUCAGCAGCAGCUCCGGCAGGGCCAGAUGGUGAACGAGGUGCUGCUCAUUGUCUACAGAACCGUUGGAGGGCCCAUCCAGGAUCUGCCCUCCCUGUCUGACCGUCUGAAGAGGAUGACCAGUGUGCUCCUGGAUGGGAUGCACAGCCCGGGCUUUAACCUAGAAGAGGCACUAGAGGCCAUCAGUGCUCAGAUCUGCUGCGAGCUCAACAAGUCUCUAACAGAGAGGAACUACCCUGCACUGACCCCAGCACUGCAAGCCACCCUUAGAGGCCAGAUCUGCAGCAUCACUCAGAAGGACAAUCCCAUCCGCACUCUCGUUGAGGAUCGUGUGCAGCAGUACUUCAUGGCUCUCAUCUGUGAUCCUAAGUCCCAGGUCGAACUUGUACCUGUGCCAGCCGGCCUGACUGCAAUCAAACCUGAACUAGCAUUGAUGGGAGCAAAGUUCAUCUCCCUGGUCAAGUACAACAAGGCUGUCUAUGCACCUUUCUACACGGAUAUCAUCAGGAAGCUGUUGUUCAGCAACAACCCACCAGCAGCAAACCCUCCUCAGGACACAGCUCACGAAUCUGUCCCCUCCAGUUAAAACCAAACUUUGGCUCAUGCAGUCUAAGGAGUCUUUUUGUUUCUCUGUAUGGCUAAAGCUAAGGAGGUACUACAGUAGCUAGGUUUUACUACUGUUUGCUUGGGCAGUGUGCUCCAAUAGUGGGAGCUGCCUUCAGCAUAUUAUAAAUGUAGUUUUUAUCACUACAUUUUGCAGUGAGGGCACUGUAGUGUAGGUAUCAUGUGGUCGACAUUUAAUGUGACCUUCGUUCUUUGUGUCAAAUGCUCUAAAAUAUCCUUUCCUGUGAACAUUUACAGCUUCAAACCGGAAACACCAGUGUUACAACGAUCAAUUUCUGAACCCAGUAGUGAUCCCUGUAUUGUAAAUUUGUCUGCAGUCAAACUGGUAUUGUGAAGGGAGACCAUGGAGGAAAAGGGCAAAAGGACAGUGUGUUUAAAGCAUACAGUAAGCUUUAAGAAGCAAAGAGGAAGAAGCUUAUAUAUUUAGAACAAUAGCAGAGUAGCAGAUAUUCUUUACAUUUAACAAGCUAUUUAUCACAGGUAACUAUAUAGUAUGACUGCAAAUAACUAUGACCAUCUUGUUACUGUAAAACAUGAUAUCCCUUUUUUGGUGGGAUUAGUCCUUUUGAUUGUUUUCCUUGUAACUUUUAUCAGCCAGAGAACUAAACUCUAUGUAUUCUGUUUAAUCCACUGAUAGUACUAUACAGCAAAAAAUAGAAGAAAUUUAAAAAAAAAAAUUGGGAUUUUGAUUUUACAAAGAAAGAAAAAAGUUUUCUGCAUGAGUAUCUUUGUAUUAGGGUUAAGUCUUUCAGUCAUUAGCUUUUACUUAAGUAAUUUCUUAGAGUAUUUGUCACAUGUGGUAUGUUCUAUACUUUCACUUACUCUCUGCAAGCCUAAUACUUGUUAUAUUGAUUUAGUUGCUAUGUUCAUUACAUUUUGAGCUACUGUUCUCUGUGUUGGCUGAACCUGUGUGGAAAAUGAAAGGUGCUGAACUCAAAAGUGUGUCCCACAUUUCCAGCGGACCCAAUCAUGCACAAAAAAAGCAAUUAUUUACAUGAAAGUUUACAUGAAAAUGUAUGAAAACGCUGUUAUUUUCUUGUGUACCACAGUUAAUAUAAUAAAAAGAAAAUUGA